CCGGCCCGGACGACGAGAUGGAGACCUCGGACCUCAUCAUAGACGUGAAGCCCGAGCCCGAGCCGCACUUCCUGCGGGCCCUGGGGCUAGGAUCCUGUGCCCACAAUGAGUUGUCCACGACGGAGAGGAGAUUCGGGGGUGAACCCCAGAAACAGUCCCCGGGUUUCAGGCCCUCCUUCCAAGCCUCGGGCUCCAGGAACCACUGGGCCGUGUGGAUGCCCGUGACCGACAAGCGCUGGACCGACAACCACGCUGAUCUGCUGACCUGCGGCCGCUGCCUGCAGACCUUCCCGCUGGACGCCAUCACGGCCUUCGUGGACCACAAGAAGGUGGGGUGUCAGCCAUCGAGCGGUCCCAGCCCCAGGCAGGUGUCAGAACGCUUGGAUCUGAAGGCCCUGAGCUGUCUCCACUGUGGCCGGCAGUUCACAGAAGCCUGGAAGCUGCUUCGCCAUGCGCAGUGGGACCACGGGCUGUCCAUCUACCAGACGGAGCCGGAGUCCCCGGAGGCCCCUCUGCUGGGCCUGGCUGAGGUAGCUGCAGCCAUGUCCACGCAGGUGGAGCGCCCAGCAGAGAUCAAGUCCCCUGGCCCCAGUGGCACCGACCGGAGGACCCCCACCUGCUCAGUGUGCAAGAAGACCCUCAGCUCCUUCAGCAACCUCAAGGUGCACAUGCGCUCACACACUGGUGAGCGGCCCUAUGCUUGCGACCAGUGUCCCUACGCCUGCGCACAGAGCAGCAAGCUCAACCGCCACAAGAAGACGCACCGGCCCCUGCCCAUCCUAGGCCCUGAGCAGGCCUCCCCUGCCCCACCUGAGCCCGCAGCCCACGCCGCUGCCCCGGCCAGCGCCCUACCAAGCCCUGGUGCCCAGGGCACAGGGGCUGCAGCCACAGCAGGCGUGCAGGAGCCCGGCGCGCCCAGCAGUGGGGCCCAGGCAGGCCCUGGUGGGGAUGGAUGGGAUCCUGUCCCCCAAGGACAGAGUGCCGACACCAACAAGAGCCAGAGUGCUGAGCCCAAGAAGAUGCCCAAGGCGGUGAGCAAGGGCAAGAGGCCCCGGCCUGGGGGCAGCUGCGAGUUCUGUGGGCGUCACUUCAGCAGCAGCAGCAACCUGACGGUGCACCGACGAUCGCACACCGGGGAGCGACCGUAUGCCUGCAGCCAGUGCCCGUACACAUGUGCACAGAGCAGCAAGCUCAACCGACACCGCCGCACGCACGGCCCCGGGCCCGACUGUGCCCGCUACGAGUGCCCGCUCUGUGCUGUGCCCUUUGGCCUGCGUGCCACGCUGGACAGGCACCUGAGGCAGAAGCACCCCAGGGUGGCCUGAGCGGGGGGGGGGGACCCUGUCCACACUCAUCCCUGCCUUGCCUUCCUGCCAAUAAAAGUA